CUGUUCUGUAAGAAAGAGCAAGAACCAGACUACCGAUCGAGGGGAACUGAUAUCGUCUAAUUUACCGUUCUACCCUUUGAUUUCAUCUCCUUCGUCGUCAAAGGUAACUCCCCAGCUCUUCUCCGUAAUCGUCUACUUGAGAUGGGAUUCGUAGAAACUUAGACUGGGUUGCCCUUUGAUAUGAACUCUGUAACUCAUUCGGGCACAAGCAUUGUCCGCAAAGCUUCUCGCUUUCUUCUAACCUCGAGGAGAUUCUUCGAUACUAAUCGCAUCAAUGGUGAUGAAGAGACGUUGAAGAUCACAUGGGAAACCUCGGAGAUGGAUUGUGGGUUCGCCGAGGAAAAUGAGAAAGUCUCUGUUAGGAAGAGGUUUCUGGAGAGUACUAAGAUCAGUGCGUCUCUUGUUCUCGAUACUUUAAAGCAAGACUGUCCCGGUUUCAAUACGAAGUCAGCUUUAGAUGAGCUGAAUGUUCCAAUCUCAGGGCUUUUGGUGAGAGAGGUGCUCCUUGGGAUCUUGAAAAGACUUAGCUUUGAUAACAAGACAAGGUGUGCUAAGCUAGCUUACAAGUUCUUCGUUUGGUGUGGUGGACAAGAGUCUUUCAAGCACACGGCUAACUCUUAUCAUCUACUUAUGAAGAUCUUUGCAGAGUGUGGUGAGUAUAAAGCCAUGUGCAGGCUUGUUGACGAGAUGAUUAAAGACGGUUACCCGACAACGGCUAGGACGUUUAAUCUGUUGAUAUGCACUUGCGGCGAAGCAGGACUUGCGAGAGAAGUCGUGGAGCAGUUCAUCAAAUCCAAAACUUUCAGCUACAGACCUUUCAAACACUCUUACAACGCGAUCUUGCAUUCUUUGCUAGGGGUGAAACAGUACAAGCUGAUCGAGUGGGUCUACGAGCAGAUGUUAGAAGACGGGUUCUCGCCGGAUCUUCUGACUUACAACGUUGUAAUGUUUGCAAGCUUUAGGUUAGGCAAAACGGAUAAGCUUUACAGAUUGCUUGAUGAAAUGGUUAAAGACGGGUUUUGUCCGGAUCUGCACACGUACAACAUCCUCCUCCACCAUCUGGCAACAGGGAAUAAGCCUCUCGCGGCUCUUAACCUGCUGAACCAUAUGAGGGAAGUGGGAGUUGAGCCCAGUGUGAUCCAUUUCACCACUCUGAUAGACGGGCUGGGCCGGGCUGGGAAGUUAGAAGCUUGCAAGUACUUUAUGGACGAAAUGGUGAAAGCUGGACGCACACCGGAUGUUGUGUGCUACACUGUUGUGAUCGCAGGGUAUAUAUCAGGUGGGGAGCUAGAGAAAGCCGAGGAGAUGUUCAGAGAGAUGACUCUAAAGGGGCAGCUUCCGAAUGUGUUCACUUACAACUCCAUGAUCCGUGGGUUUUGUAUGGCCGGGAAGUUCAAAGAGGCACGGUUGUUGCUCAAGGAAAUGGAGUCAAGAGGGUGUAACCCUAACCUUGUGGUGUAUAGUACGCUGGUGAACAAUUUGAGGAACGCAGGGAAGGUUUUAGAGGCUCACGAGGUGGUUAAGGACAUGGUAGAGAAAGGGCAUUAUGUUCAUCUUAUUUCAAAGUUAAAAAGAUAUACAAGAUCCUAGUUUUUCUGUUUUUUUUCUUUUACAGUGUGGUAUCAAUUAAACAAAUAUAGCUGGUCUCAUUUCAUUAUGUUCA